UUCAUCUGGGGUCUCGAAUACAUCUACGACAACCUCCCGCAAAAAAAAUGGUACGUCAUCGUCGACGACGACACCUACCUCGUCAAAUCCUCGCUGCGUCUCCUCCUCGCACACUGGGACUCGAACGUGCCGCAGUACAUCGGCAAUGCCGUCGGCGACUUCAAGGGCCGCUUCGCUCACGGCGGGUCGGCCGUCGUGAUAUCGCACGAGGCGGCCAAACAACUCCUCUCGCGGCGUGAUGUCGUGGCCGCGGCGCAGGAGCACUCCCUCGACGAGACGUGGGGCGACAAGCUCGUCGCGACGGCGUUUCAAAAGAUUGGCGUGUACCUCGACGAGCGGUACAGCCACUUUUUCAAUGGCGAGAGGCCCAAUAUCAGCAAGAUGAUGGCCGACCGGUUCUGCUCGCCGCUCGUGUCGUUUCACGGGGUGGCGGACCCGGCGGAGAUGAAGAGGAUUGGGCGGGCGUUUGCGAACGAGAGGAGUCCUGUCUUUUGGGGCCAGUUGUGGGAGAUUUAUGGUGCGCCAUCAGUGGAGGAGUUUAGGAGGCUGCCGAUUCGGACGGGACGUGAUUAUGUUGGAAGGAUUGACGAGCGGGCUAAGAUGGUGCAUGCUGUUGAGAGCGCGGAGACGUGUCUGAAAGAGUGCGAAGACAUGGGGAAGAAGUGUUUAGCGUGGGCAUGGGUCGAGCAUACCUUGGAGUGCAAGUUGAGCCCGUGGAUGAUUCUUGGAGAGCGGGUCGAGGGGCACUACUCGGGGAUCAAUACCGGCGAGGUUGAGAAGCUACACGAGAGUUGCUGA